AGGACAUUGUAAGAUCAGAAGAACUGGUGAGCUUUAAGGACAGAGUGGCGUGUGUUCUCGUCCCUGCUGGUCGGGGUGAGUUAUUUCUGAAAUAAGGUACGAGUAGGGAGCUGGUCUCCCCAAACAGAUUCUUCUGAGUCUUAUUUUGUCACUUUAACCACUACAGACAGUGAAAUAAAUGCAGGUGGAAGAAGAACAUCAAAAGCCCUCAGGGCAUGCUGCAGACACGCAUGUGAUGAAGAUGGAGGGGUACAUUAAAGAGUUCACACGCCACUCCAAUGAUGUAUUGUUGAACUUAAAUGAACUGCGAAAUCGGGAUAUUCUGACAGAUGCCACACUGCUAGUGGGCACCACCAAGCUGCGCGCCCACUGCGCUGUGCUUAUCGCAUGCAGUGGAUUCUUCUACACAAUCUUCUCUUGUCGAGUAAAUGGUGCUUGUGGUAAGCAAGGUCUCUCUCUUACCCUUCCGGAGGGGAUGGACGCGGGUAGCGUGUCCCUGCUGCUGGACUUCAUGUACACCUCCCGCCUCCCUCUCACACCUGGUACUGUCUCUGGAGUGCUCGCCGCUGCCACCUACCUACAGAUGGAGCAUGUUGCAGACACCUGUCGAACAUUUAUUCAGUACAGUCAGAGAGUUUCUGUGAGUCCCUCUUUAAUGGAACCAACCUCAAGAGCGCCCUUCGGUGGCAGGUCACCACCUGCUCAUCCCAAUAUCUUCUCCUCCCCCUCCAGGCCUACAGCAGACGCAGAAGAUCCCACACCAGACCGAGCCAGGGUGCCCGAAGAAAGAACCUCAUUGGAUUCAGUAACUUCAGUCCCCAUGUCUCAGACUCUGAAAUCAGAGGAACUUGAGUCUUCACCUUCAACUCCCCCCAACCUGUUCCUAGACAGUCCAUCUCCUUCAACAGGUCAUCCCAACUCACCUGCUGAAUCCAGCAGCUGUAAUCUCUCUCCCCAAUUUAAGAAGCGAACUGAUUCUAAGUCCACUCCGUAUCCAAAAGCCUGUAACUGGAAGAAGUACAAGUAUAUUGUCCUCAACCCUCUGUGUACCACACCUAUAAAGGAGGAAGGGCCUGAAGAGAAUCAUCAAGGUCAAAGCCAAUCGUCUUUUGGGGGUGAUAAGAUGAAAAUCUCAUCUAAGACGGCCAAUGAUGUGUGGACAAGGCAGGAACCUGGGCUGAAUAAUAGGAAAUUCCCAUCUUUUCCGUAUACCGCAUCACAGCAAAAAUCUUUUACUCCCCAUCAUGCUGUUGAAGGGAAUUUUCAACCCCUUACUCUUUCAGUCACGGAGGACAAAGGUCUCUGUAGUCCAUUUAUCUGCACCCCAGUAUUAGAAAUAGCCAAUCAUGGUAUCAAUCAAAGUCAUUUGUUGGACCAACAUCCAAUCAAAUUCGAGAACUUUUCUACACCGCUCUCUUACUCUGGAAAUAAAGUCAGCACAAAACAGUCAUGUAGAGGAGACAAGCCGUACUGCUGUAAUGUGUGUGGGGCACAAUUUAACCGGCCUGCAAAUCUAAAGACUCACUCCCGCAUCCACUCUGGCGAGAAGCCAUACCGUUGUGACACAUGUGGAGCCAGAUUUGUCCAGGUUGCUCACCUGCGUGCCCACGUCCUGAUCCAUACUGGGGAAAAGCCAUAUCCAUGUAACACCUGUGGAACACGUUUCCGCCACCUUCAGACGCUGAAGAGCCACCUGCGUAUUCACACUGGAGAGAAACCAUACAGCUGUGACAAAUGUCUCCUGUACUUCCGUCAUAAGAGCCAGCUGAGGCUUCACCUGAGACAGAAACAUGGCGCGAUUACCAACACCAAGAUCCGUUACAAGGUUCUGGCCGACCCAUACCAACAUGGAUCCACCUUACUACAAGCAUGCUAAGGGAAUCAAAAUUAUAUUUAAAAUUAAAUUUGUUUCUUGGCCUAAAAAGAAACCAAACAUACAGUAUAAGAUGAGGAUUGAUGGAUCUAUCAUACAGUUUUUAAAUAAUUAAAGAGGUGGAGUACUGCAUUCAAGGAGAACAUUAUAAUAAAUAUACUAAUGAACAUACAGGUCCGCCAAGAAUGUAGUACUCCUGCACUAGAUGUGCUGACUUUAACAUUGUUAAAAUAUUAUUUAUUUAGCUUAGCUGAAAUUCUAACACUGAAAAGGCUUCUUCAAAUAUUAAGUAUCAGGCUGAAGAUCCCUUUUAGUUGUAGUAAUUGUGCUGUUAUAAUGUUAAAGAUGGUUUGUGUGAGAGUGCAAAGAAUUCUGGGGGUUCAGACAGGAAAUAUGAGGGCUCAAUCAAGGAUGAAAUGAUUGGAUAUGAAAUUCAACAUAUGAAUGAUUAUGAAAGAUAGAUGAAUAAGGCAAGUGUACAGAAGGAAUUUAGCAUGUUCAGAAGAGAUAAAGAAUAUUUUUAUGCAGUCAUUUUAAUAUCUAUUGUGGUGAGUGAAGCAACGAAACUACACAGAAUAGCAAUAACCAUCCCUGGAGGGUGCUUUAUUUACAAAUUGUGAAAGUGAAGGGUGCAACUGCCAGUGGGGAAAAGUCCAAACUGCUAGGUUAUGCUCUUCCAUGUUAUGCUCCAGAGAAUGGGAGAAGUGUUGUUCUGUGAAGGAUUGUGCGUGGUCUGCCAAUCGUCAGCCGCUUGUGUCUGGAGAAGAGAAAACAACCAUUGUUAGUAAUCAUGCCUUGGAGACGUUGCUUGUCUGUAUCUUCGUCCCUCGCUCUCUUGUGACGCUGAUUGUGCAAGGGGUGACUUGCCGCACUAUUUAUUAUCAAAUGUUUAUAUUUUAUUUGCCCAGAAAAUGUGAUUGUUUUGUUAAAUAAUCUGUUAUGGCAUUUUAACUAUAGAACAUUACAAAACAAUGAGAGUGGGGCAAUGGCAAGUUAAAUAUAACCUCUAAGUUGCUUAUUUACAACCAGUUAUUUGGUGUCUUAAUGUAUUCAUUUGAAUGGCCUGGAGCCUGUUUGCUUUUAAGUAACAAGAAGAUAAUAAUGUUGUUGUUUAAGAGGCCAUGUUGUAAUGUUUGUAGUGUAUAAUAGUUAAUAGUCCAAGCAGGUUGAGGACUCACUAACCAAACAAAGAUACAUGUAAAGAGUGAAGAUGAGGAUAAUAAUAUGGACAAUGUUUUGUUACACUCUUUUGCUGGACAAAGACCAAUUUUAUAUAAAUUAAAGUUUAAUUGUCUUGAAUGGA